AUGGCGACGGAGGCGGCGCCGGAGUGGCUUGAGAAGGGCGACAACGCGUGGCAGCUGGCGGCGGCGGCGCUGGUGGGGCUGCAGAGCGUGCCGGGCCUGGUCAUCCUCUACGGCAGCAUCGUCAAGAAGAAGUGGGCCGUCAACUCCGCCUUCAUGGCGCUCUACGCCUUCGCCGCCACCAUGGUCUGCUGGUGCCUCUGGGGCUUCCGCAUGUCCUUCGGCGACCGCCUCCUCCCCUUCGUCGGACGCCCCGACUUCGCCGGCCUCGACAGCGCCGGCUUCCUCGCCGGCCAGGGCUUCGCCGGCGCCUACCCGGCCGCCACGCUCCUCUUCUUCCAGUUCGUCUUCGCCGCCAUCACGCUCAUCCUCGUCGCAGGCUCGCUCCUCGGCCGCAUGAACUUCCGCGCCUGGAUGAUCUUUGUGCCCCUCUGGCUCACCUUCUCCUACACCGUCGGCGCCUUCAGCGUCUGGAGCCCUAACGGGUUCCUCUUCAAGGCCGGCGUCAUGGACUUCGCCGGCGGCUACGUCAUCCACCUGUCGUCCGGCAUCGCCGGCUUCACCGCCGCCUUCUGGGUCGGCCCGAGGACGGCCAAGGACAGGGAGGCGUUCCCGCCCAACAACAUCCUCCUCACGCUCGCCGGAGCCGGGCUGCUGUGGAUGGGGUGGACGGGGUUCAACGGCGGCGCGCCCUACGCCGCCAACAUCGACGCGUCCGUCGCCGUCGUCAACACGCACCUCUGCACGGCCACGAGCCUCCUGGUGUGGCUCAUCCUCGACUGCUUCGUCUUCGGCCGCCCCUCCGUCAUCGGCGCCGUCCAGGGCAUGAUCACCGGCCUCGUGUGCAUCACCCCAGGAGCCGGGCUGGUGCAGGGCUGGGCGGCGAUGCUGAUGGGGCUCGUCUCCGGGAGCGUGCCGUGGUUCACCAUGAUGGUACUGCACAAGCGGUGCCGGAUCCUGAAGCACGUGGACGACACGCUCGCCAUCCUCCACACGCACGCCGUGGCCGGCAGCCUGGGCGGCCUCAUGACGGGCCUCCUGGCGGAGCCGCGGCUCUGCCGGCUCUUCUUCGGCGACGACCCGCGGUACGUGGGCUUCGCGUACGCGGUCAGGGGCGGGCGCGCCUCGGCAGGGUUUCGGCAGAUGGGCGUGCAGCUGGCCGGGAUCGCGUUCAUCGUGGCGCUCAACGCCGUCGUCACGAGCGUCGUGUGCCUGCUCGUCGGGUUGGCCGUGCCGCUCCGGCUCAGCGAGGAGCAGCUGGCGGCCGGCGACGACGCCAUACACGGCGAGGACGCGUACGCGGUGUGGGGCGAGGGCGAGACGUACGAGCAGUCCGUGCAUGGGAGCCGGCGAUACCAAAUGACGGCCAAUCCAAUGUCGUCCAAGGUUGAUGAGAUCAUCUGA